GAAAGCUUGUAGCUUGUUGCUCUCUUGCUUGCAACAGUGACAUGUACCUCCGACCAUUAUUUCCGCUUGGGGCACACCUGUCAAAGGCGUCCUUCUUGAGAAACAGGCGCAUUGGGAACAGCGUUGGUGAGCGUGCCCUGAUUGUAGUGCUGCUCAUUCAAGCGUGCGCCGGACAGCAAUACUCUCCCCACGUGAGAGUGUGUCUCGCAAGGAUUGGUUCUUCAUCAUUUCUCUGGCACGUCUAAACGGCUAGAGACUGCGUCAUCAUGGGCCACAGUAGCAGCAAGCCCGGCCCAAGCUACUACAGACGCAGCGAAGAGAUUCUCCGGGCCACCUAUCACGAAGAAGCGAUUGCCUUUGCCUUCCUGCCUGGUGCUGCCGAGGACAUUGAAUGCAUUCCGGUGUGUGGUCGACCCUGCGGUUGUCCGCCGACCGCCACACACGACAAGCCCGAAGAGGGUGUGGUCUACUUUUGCUACCUCAAGGCCGGCCAUCAUGCCCAGUGCGCUUGUGUGCUGUGUGGACAUGGUCGGACGGGUACCUACAGAGUCACGUUUGAUCAAGCCACGCAGCAAGAUUUUCCCCGGCUAGCCCAACAGCUUGCAGACCGCUUUGAAAGUGCAGAUUGGGUGCCUGCACCCCUUGCUCCGCGCCACGGAUCUGACCUCGAUGAGCUCCUGCGUCAAAGAGAGGAAAUGAAUUGCGCUUUGAAAGAAACCGCUGCUCAGCAGCAAGAGAUGGAACAUACAUUUGCUGCACAAGAUGGACGUGCUCCUUCACGAAAUCAGCAAGCCUUGCUGUGUGCCCGAUCCCAAUCUGUUGCAAUCCCGUUUGAUACAUGUGUACCACAAGCCUUGGCCUACCACUCUGAUCAUCAAAAUGAACGUGCUGUUUACAUCAAGCAGCACCUGCAGCAGAAGUAUGAAAAGAGAAUUCUUUCAGAGGCCGGCUCGGAUGGUUACACGUCCUAUACGCGCCGCACAGUCGAGGAGAAGACCGAUGGGCACAUUCAGGCCGCAGCGGGCUCGAUAAUGGCGCAUGUGGAUCAGGAUUCAGGCCAGCUGCAAAUCAACGGCAACGCACCCGCCGCUCUUCUAGGAACACCCCAAGAAAAGGGCGAUGCCGACCCAACACCAGACCCAACGUCAGACCCAUCGUCAGAGGAUACUGUCAAAGUGAUUCCUGCAGCCGAUCUUUCUAGCCGGCUUCACGCAUGCGAAGCCGGGCAGCACAAUGGGAAGAUCGUGCCCCAGGCUGUCUGCUUCAAGAUUUCGGGCAAAUACAUGGACUCGAACGGGAAAACGCAUAACGCCGAGGUUACCGUCUGGGACUCUCUGAUUGUCUGUCAAGACUGUAAACUGGCCACCACCCUGCUCGUGUCUCAAGAAGAGAGCUUGCGGGAGGUUGUGCCCGCGGAGCUAUUGCAACAUGAUUGUGUCAUCAACCUUAAAAGCAUCUUGACAAACGCACCUAACAUGGCUGCUGAUGGAGCUUUGCGAUCAAGCCCUGGUGCAAACCAUGCCAUGGAGGCACGUGGUUUGGCCCUGCCAAACCGACCAGGCGCCAUGACAACGCAUUCACAAGCAGCCUCCCAUGUGACCAUGCGUCAAUUUCAAGAGUUGGAUGUCCCCGGCCUCGGUCGCUUGGUGCCCCACAACGUCAUUUCUGUAGACGAGAUGCAGCGCCUCAAGUGUCUCUGCCACGAGGGCUUGCACAAUUUUUUGCACGCCACCCCGAUUCUGCUGUUGACCGUGCAAGCCAAAGUGACAAGCACGAAUACACACAUGCAAUUUCAGUCCGAGUCGCGCAAGGUCAAGCGUCGCCUCUUUGUGAAAAAGGUGACCAUCACGCGACACAAGGAGGAGCUUCGUCGCCAGUGCCAUGAGAUUUUGCUCGUGGAGAAUCGAGUGGUCGUGUAUUCGAUGUCAUGCCUCUUUUGCCAGAAAUCUCGUGAGUCCAUGUCUGCGCUGCCAGCUCUGCGCACCGUUCGGCCGGGUCAGAGGGAAAUAAGUCACCGCAGCACCCGCUACCUGGCCCGUUGUGGUUCCUGCGCCCCUUUCCUCAUGCUCUUCCUCAUGCUUUUGCCACAGAACCCAUGCCUAGCUGACCUAAUCUCUCUCUCGCAAACUCUCUCAUCUCUCUCUCUCUCUCUCUCACUUCUCUCUCUCUCAUGUGUGUGUCCCUCGGUUCUGCCGCCUGUGGCACCAGUCGACAUCGAGUGCCAGGUUCUCGCCAUCAUGGCCCGUGCCGUGGCUGCCCUCGUGUGCCUGUUGGUGGCCGGCUGGGGUCUUGGGCCGGCGACGGGCUAUGAGCUGCUGUCCACCCUGCCGACGAGUGAUGGCCUGUCCAACAUCAGCACCAGAAUUAACAUUGGCAGUGGUAUCUUCCAGACCGGAGAUCAGAUGCCGCUGCGUAUUUACAUGCGCAGCCCCGGCCGCCUUUUCACCAAAGCCUUGAUUCGGGUGGAAUACGACAGCGCUCUUGAUCUCGUCUCCACGGUGGCCGUCCCUUACUUGACCCGCCGCCAAGCUUCCCCAACUACCAUUGAGCUAACUUACGAGAGUCCCUUUGUGGCCGGUGUCGAUGCCUUCAACACCACUGCUGUUCUGCGCCUGGGCGCCAUCACCACCCCCCUGCACGCUCUCGAGCUUCGCGUUUUCAUCACGCUCAAUACAACCAUUCAUCGCUUCGUUCUCCCCGAUUGGCAUCCAGUCCUGGUGCAAGGCGACUGGGCCGCCCUCGGUUUUGAUCAGUACAACUACAACUCGUCCCUCGUCGCCCCCGUGGAAGAGACCUUGUGGCAACGCGCCAUCAGCGCCUUGCGCGCCCGCUGCACCGGUCACGAGGAUGCCCCGCUCCAGGUCGACAAUGUCGAAUCCUCAGACACUCUUGAUCUCCUGGCCGAUCUCUUUUACCGCCCAACCUCAGCCUCUUCUCUCACGCAGCUGGCGCAGAACACGGCUUGCCUUGACUGGGCCAUCCUGAACAGCCUCACCACCCAAAUAUCAGUACUCCUCACCCAACAGCGAGCCAACGCCCUGGCCCACUACGAGGCCGAUCUGUUGGACAUGGGGGUGACCGCCGAAUGCACCGACUAUGAAUGUGCUCCUACCAGUGAAUCGUGCCUGUCCUGUGCCCUCGACUGUGGCGACUGUGAUCAAAGCAUGUCCGUCAUCAAACCAGGCCCUCUUGACGGCGACCUCCUCGUCCUCUACGGUGGCUACACCAUUGACCAGAAUGGCUUCACCCGCCUGGCCGUCCGCCAAGCUCAACCCACAAACGACACCUCGGCUCUGUGUGUGUGUGUGUGUGUGUGUGUGUGUGUGUGUGUGUGUGUGUGUGUGUGUGUGUGUGUGUGUGUGUGUGUGUGUGUGUGUGUGUGUGUGUGUGUGUGUGUGUGUGUGUGUGUGUGUGUGUGUGUGUGUGUGUGUGUGUGCUCGAAAUUGUUAUGCGGUUUAUUUUCCGUGCUUAAUGGCAUUCCCGUGGGGGAUCCCGAAAACGCCACUGAGCUGGGUCAGGUGGUCUUUGCCGGCUUUAGUGUCCUGGUUGAAGCCGACGCGGCCUACCCGGAUAUCCUGCUCGAGUUUCGUGCUCAGGCCGUCUGGCAAGCCGACUCGUCCUUGGUUCAGCCCUUUGUGGCUGCUUUUGAUGGCCAUCACUGGUCACCCGUCGCAGGGCAGGCCUACCGCCGCGAUACCCGAUCUGUGCUGAUCGAUGGCAACGCCUCGGCCCACUACGCUCUCUUUUGUCGCCUUCUGCCCGUCAAUCGCCAAGUCCAAGCACCUCCAACGUUUGCGCCUGACUUGUUUGCCGAGGUGCCGGAGAAUUUGGACGACGUCUUGACUGACGUGGCCACCUCCAUUCCCUAUGGUGGUGAGGUGACUGUGAACAUGGGGGGCAUCACCAUCACGGGAUACGACCGUGCCACCACCGAGUUGGAUGAUUUUGUGGCCACGGGUGCUCAGGCCAAACCAACCGUGGCCCUGCCUUCAGGCUUCUCUGGAACCCUGGCGAACCUGGGCCUGGCCGAUCGUGUUCAGAUCUUGCUCUCCGUGUUCACCAACAACGGCACGGCUGCCGAUGCCGAUGGUAUUGUGCCAGCAGACCAGCUUGAUUUUUCCGUUCUCAACUCGGGCCUCAUUGUAGACGUGCGAAAUCUAGCCGAGCCCAUCGAUCUGGCCUUCCGCACCACCUUCAACGCCAGCGAUAAUACCACCAUCUGCCGCUUUUGGAAUGCCAGCCUCCCCGUGGAAGACUGCACUUCCGGCACCUGCUUCGGCGCCUGGGAUACGCGGGGCGUCUACAAGGUGGUGGAGCUCAGCAGUGGUCACGACCUCGUUUGUCGCACGACUCAUUUGUCCACCUUUAGCGUCGGAAUUGACUUUACCAUCUCGGCGCCCCGCGUCAGCGUUGCCAACUUCAAUCCCGCCAACGCCGUCUACAUCUGGGUGCUGUGGGGUUGCUUUUAUGCCUUUUGUGGCCUCAUCUACCUGUACGCCUAUUUGGAGCGUCAGGCAUAUGAUCGACGCCAGGCCAUGCUGGAUGCCGGGGUCAUGCUUCCCGAAGAUUUGCCACCGGAAAAGACGCCGCAAGAGGUGGACCUGGAUCUGGCCGAAUAUCGCUUUGCCUCGGGCUGGCUUUUGCGCUGGUUGUACAUGAUUCGCCAGAAGCACCAGUGGUUGGUCAUCGUUCUGCCCUCGGGCAAGCGCGUGUACCCCAAGCGCGAGGUUCAGGUCACGGCUUUUAUGGCCACCAUCUCGAUGGCCUUUGGCGCCAUGGCCAUCUUUGUGUAUACGGAGGGUCAGCACAAGGGCGAGAACCGCAAUACGUUUCGCAUCACCGUGUCAGGGGAUGACGUCUACCUUCCUCUCGAGGGUAUAUAUGCCUUUAUCAUGACUUUCCCCUUUAUGCUUCUACUCAGUCUCAGCCUGGCCAAGUACUCGACCUACCUCGAUGUGUUGCGCCGCAUUUGUCCAGAGCGCUACCGCAACCACGCCGCCGUUCGGGCCGUGAAUCAAGAGAUUGAAGCGGGGCAUUUGAAGCGCCGUGUGCCAUCGUCAACAGAGACGACGACCAAGGACCCGCCAGGGCCUGCCACGAGCAGCACGCCGAAAGGCGCCUCCGUGCCCUGGGUUCGCGAGACGGAGCUGCAGCAAUUUUAUACCUUUGACUUGGAUGAGUCCAAGACGGAGUCAUUGGGUGUUUCGCUCGACUAUCUCGAGGUGGGCCCGGGCACGGAGACUACCGAGGAAGAGAUUGAGUCACUCAACCGGAAAAUGCUCUUCUUUCGGCGUGCUGCCUAUGGGCUAGCCUAUGGGAUGCUUUUGGGUGGGCUGUUGUGCGCCCUCGCCUUUAUGGGUUCGAUGGACGAGGACGCACAGGUGCGCUAUCUCAAGGGCGUGGCUGAGUUUCUCAUCUUCUCGGCCAUCAUCACGUCCCCUUUUGUGUUUUUGCUGGCCUCGGCCAUGCGGCAGUAUCACAUGGCGCGCCUACGCCAGCGCUAUACGGAUGAGGAGUGGCGGGCGCAUGUUACUGCAGUGGUCGCGGCCGCGACUGCAAUCGUCAUGACCACUGCCAUGAUACAGAGGGAGAUUGGUCGUGCCAUCCGCGAGAGCUUUGAUUUGGUCGUGCUUUGA